UUCUUCACAAUAAAGAAGAAGAAGCUGUUUUAAACAUCUUUAAUGGCUUCAUUAUUGGCUCGUGUGUGAAAAAUAUAAGAGGAGGAGUCGUUGGUCGAUGUAACUUGCAGGGUCUGACUGCAGUCUCCAAAAUGUCUCGUCGAUAUGAUUCACGAACAACCAUCUUCUCACCGGAGGGGCGUCUGUAUCAGGUGGAGUACGCCAUGGAAGCCAUCGGGCAUGCCGGCACCUGUCUGGGAAUUUUAGCCAACGAUGGAGUGCUGCUGGCCGCUGAGAGGAGGAACAUCCACAAGCUGCUGGAUGAAGUCUUCUUCUCAGAGAAAAUCUACAAACUGAAUGAGGAUAUGGCAUGCAGUGUGGCAGGAAUCACAUCAGAUGCCAACGUACUGACGAACGAGCUGAGGCUCAUAGCACAGAGGUACCUGCUGCAGUAUCAGGAGCCAAUGCCAUGUGAGCAGCUGGUCACCGCUCUGUGUGACAUCAAACAGGCCUACACCCAGUUUGGAGGAAAGCGUCCCUUUGGAGUCUCUCUGCUCUACAUGGGCUGGGAUAAACACUACGGCUUCCAGCUCUACCAGAGUGACCCCAGUGGAAACUACGGAGGCUGGAAGGCCACCUGCAUCGGAAACAACAGCGCUGCCGCUGUCUCUAUGCUGAAACAGGACUACAAGGAAGGAGAGAUGGCUCUUUCUGCAGCCCUCGCUCUGGCCGUCAAAGUUCUCAACAAAACAAUGGAUGUGAGCAAGCUGUCUGCAGAGAAAGUGGAGAUCGCCACGCUGACCCGCGAGAAAGGAAAGACCUGCAUUAAGGUGCUGAAGCUGAAGGAGGUGGAGGAGCUGAUCAAGAAGCACGAAGCCGAGGAGGCUAAAGCCGAGAAAGACAAGAAAGAGAAGGAGCAGAAAGAGAAGGACAAGUAGAGAUGCUGACAUACGCUUGUUUGAGUUUUGAGUGUGAGAGUGAAUGUAAGUUUGUGAAUGAGAUGGUAAAUCCUGAGUUUUCAGCUGUGUUUGUAUUUGAUUUGUUUCUACUAAUAAAUCCAGAUGAUGAAUGAUUAA